AUGCUCCACGUUCGCGCCUACAGUGGUCGAACGAUCUGCAGCAUCAAUCCCGCAGACCGUAAGACCGACCAAGGCCGAGUUCUCGACGACCUAGCAGUAAUCGCAGGCUUACAUCUACGUGUGCCUGCCACCCGGGUCAGCAUUCAUCCAGUUGAAGAAUGCGAGCAAGCAGCGUUCAACCCGACGACGACCUGGGCUGACUGUGAACACUUCGCGGGCGCGACACAUUACGAGCUGAUGGCAGUCGUCCGACAUUACCGGGAUGGGGGGACUCGCGAACUGUCCACGGCGAUCAAGAUGGAACGAUAUGCUGCAGUCCACAGCUUGUUGGAAGACCUAGUAGACCCCAACAGUGUCAUUCGCCACGAGGCCGUGUACGGACUAUGCAGUCCCUUGGGCCUCGCUGCGCACACCAACUUCGGAUGUUCUUGCAUUGCCGAAGCACUCAUCGAAUUCCAAGCCGACAUCGACGGCAAGCAUUUCGAAAAGAGUCCAUUAAUGGCAGCUUGCGAAAGUCGAAACACGAGAAUGGCCAGCUUCCUCAUUCAAGCUGGCGCGGAUGUGAACCGGCCCACCUGGUUCACCGAAACCCCUCUCCUCCUCGCUGCGUCAGUGAACUCAGCGCCGUUGGUCCGCCUCCUCUUGCGGAACCGUGCAGACAUCACUCAACGGGAUCCACGGCAGCGUGGACCCGUUGAACGAGCCUUCGAACACGAGGCGCUUCGCGCAGCCACUUGUCUCGUACGCGCAAAGGCACAGGUGCAGCCAUAUGCAGACGACGAGUGCCUGCUGCACCAGGCCGCAAGCAGAGGCAGCGUCGCAUGGGUCAAGCUGCUGACGGCGGCCGGCGCCGAUCCUCAGGGCAGGGACCAGCACGGACGGCUCGCCAUGGACGUACGUCAAAGACUGUCGACCUUCCAGCAGCGGCAACAGCUAAGGCGCAGCCUUUGGCCGACUAUGCCCGAGCUCAGUCGCGGCGAUCCACCUCGAAUAGAGCACGAGGGUCGCGCCCGCGAGUAG